AUGACCGCAAAGGCAGAGCUUUCAAGCUGGCAAGAGUACCCAGAGGAUUUCACCGCGCUGCAGCAGCGCAGCCUGGCCCACAUAAACUCCAAAUGUUGGAUUUCUUCAAAUUCAAUCCGUGCGUUCUCCCGGAGGGAUGCGCACGGAGCUCCAGAGGCAGGCAUCUCACUGCAUGAGAAACUUGUGCCAACCAGUAAACUGCCUGACUGCGUGUCCGCUGCAGGCAUCACAGAGACAGACUGUGAGAAGUCAGCUGAGGGAGGCAAUGCGAGCCACUUUGGCCCCCAGAAACACAGGCGCGUCGCAGCCAACGCCAGGGAAAGGAGAAGGAUGCACGGCCUGAACAAAGCGUUUGACGAGCUGAGGAGCGUCAUCCCUUCCCUGGAAAAUGAGAAGAAGUUGUCCAAAUAUGACACCCUCCAAAUGGCGCAGAUUUACAUCAACGAGCUGUCGGAGCUCCUGGCCGGCGUGGUUCAGUCGGAGUGCAUGGGUCCAGCGGACAAGAGCUCCAGGAGGAGCCUAAUUCACUCUCUACGGCCUGCAGCCAGUGCGCAGGAGCAGCUGACCGGAGAGCAGCGGGAUCACCUUAUCAUACUCGGACCUACAUCCGACCUGGGGACAAUUAAAUCCACAGCCUCUUCCCACAGCAGUGAUGGGGAAUCCUCGCAUCUCAGCGACAUGGAGGAAAGUCAGAACGGGAGACAGUAA